GGUUAAUCUUAUCGGUACCUACGAUGGUGAAGAUUAGUAUACAGUCAAAAUUGUGCAGUGGACGAUGUAGAAGCGAAAAGAAACAUACCCUGAAAUUAAUUUGAUAUUUCUAAAAUGUUAUUAGGGAAACAGGUGGACUUCAAGUAUUUUAUACUUGUGUUAAUAUGUAUUACAAUAUUGGUAUGUGUAUAUCAACAAGAUAAUAUAUUUUCUCGAAUCGAGAUUGGCGAAAACUUAGCAAUAGUAGAGAAAAAACUCGAUUUAGGAGUCUUUACGAUAAAUACUCCUGGUUGUAAAAUACCAUAUUUUCAGCCUUUUGAUAAAAAUAUUUUGGAUUAUUUAGAGCAACCAGGCACACAUGUUUGUAAUAAUGGUACACCAGCGUUAUUUGAGUCAGAUAGAGAUUCUAUCAAAAUUAUAGAAGAUUUUUUACCUUUCUAUAAUGUAACCAAUAUAAAUAAUCUGACAUGUUGUUACAAAACAUUCUGGAGAGAAGAUCCUGCUGAUGAUGCUGCAGACAAUAAAAUAAGCUACAGUAAAGUCUGCCAAAUAUUUGUUAAUAAAACUGAAAUAAAAGAAGAGUUUAUAAAAGUUACGUGCAGCUACAAUAAUCGUGAUAUUUAUACUGAUAUGUUUGUUUUUGUUCCUACAAAAAAUAUGUCACACGUAAAAAAAGAUCUGAUAGAAGACGAUUCUAAUUUAAAUAUUUUAGUGAUAGGCCUAGAUGCCAUUUCGAGAUUAAAUUUUCAUAGACAGAUGCCAAAGACAGUAAAUUAUUUGAAACAAAUUGGUGCCGUUGAAAUGAUAGGAUACAAUAAAGUUGGUGACAAUACGUUUCCCAAUGUAAUACCAGUGUUAACAGGUAAACAUAUAGAGGAAAUCCAGAAGGAUUGCUGGCCAACUGAUAAUCACCACUUUGACAAUUGUUCGUUCGUUUGGAAAGGCUACAAACAAAAAGGUUAUGUAACGGUUUUUGACGAGGACUCAUCAUGGAUGGGAAUUUUUAACUAUCAAAAAAAAGGUUUUAAAAAACAACCGACAGAUUAUGGUUACAGCUAUUUUGAUAGAGAGGCUACGAGCGAGAUAGGAAAUGUUAAUUAUGGAAACGUUAAACUUUGUCUAGGAGCAAGAUGGGUGUAUAAAGACCAUAUAAAAUAUAUGACCAAUUUCAUUCAAACAAUGAAAGAUAGGUCAUUAAAGUAUUUCGGUUUUUUCUGGGAAAAUACCAUAUCUCAUGAUAAUCUAAAUUUACCUAGAGUAGGCGAUGAUGAUUACUACUCUUUGUUUAAAUAUUUACAAGAAAAGGAUCAUCUCAAUAAUACAGCCCUAUUCGUUAUGAGCGACCAUGGGAUCAGAUGGGGAGGAAUAAGAAGCACUUUUCAAGGAAUGAUGGAAGAAAGGUUGCCGUUUUUACAUGUAUAUCUUCCAGAAUGGUACAGACAGAAAUAUCAGCAACAUUAUAAUAAUUUACAAAAAAAUUCGUUACUUCUAACAACACCCUUCGAUUUAUACGAGACUUUUGUUGAUUUAUUAAAUAUAGAAAAUAUCGAUAAUCAUAGUAAUAAUAGUACUAAUACAUCCAGAGGGAUAAGUUUACUAAGAGGAAUUAGUGAAUAUAGAACUUGCGAAGAUACGGGCAUUGUCAGUCACUGGUGUACAUGCCAAAAGAGUGUAGAACUUAAUGUUAAUAAUAAAACAAUUAAGGCUGUAGCUGAUUUCUGUGUUAACCAUAUAAACGAUCUACUAGCUGCACAUUCUAAAUGUGCAGAUUUAAAGUUAUAUCGCAUAUCAAGUGCAAGAGUUAUGGAGCAUAGUCAAGAAAUUACAGGAGAUUAUCAAGUAUCAGAUUACAUGUUAAGUUUUACAACAGUUCCAGGAAAUGGUUUAUUUGAAGCUACCGUAAGAUAUAUGUCAAAGUCUAAAAGCUACAGUAUUGUAGGUUCAAUCAGCCGGUUAAAUUUAUACGGCGAACAAAGUGCUUGUGUUUCAGAUUAUAAGUUAAAAUUAUACUGUUUUUGUACCUGAUAUAAUAAAAUAUAUAACAUA